UACUUUUAUAGUGUCUUUGCUAAUUUAGUACUGUCAUUCGGCUUUUCGUCUAACCCGAACCCCCCCCUUCCUUUCUUAAUCUAAAAAGAAAGUAGACACGGAACAUAAACAAAUAUUUACCACAUAUUGAAUUGCAUUUCAAGAUAAGUUACUAGUAUACUAUAUACUAAUUCAACCUCAACCUCAACCCCAUUAAGUUAAGUUAAGUAUAAUCACUUCAAAAAUGAGUUCCCCAAAGAGAAGAAUCGAAAAAGACGUUAUGGAACUUAUGAUGAGUGAUCAUGACGUUACUUUAAUUGAUGAUUCAAUUCAAAGAUUCUUUGUAAUAUUUCGUGGACCUCCUGAUACCCCUUAUGAAGGUGGAACUUGGAAAGUUAGAGUUGAAUUACCCGAUCAAUACCCUAUAAAAUCACCAUCAAUUGGAUUUACUAAUAAAAUCUUUCAUCCAAAUAUUGAUGAAGGUUCUGGUUCAGUAUGUCUUGAUGUUAUUAAUCAAACUUGGUCUCCAAUGUUUGGUCUUUUAAAUAUAUUUGAAAAUUUUCUUCCUCAUUUAUUGAGAUAUGCUAAUCCUAGUGAUCCUUUAAAUACUGAUGCAUCUAAUCUUAUGACUAAAGAUGAAUCAAAAUAUACAGAAACUGUUAAACGAUAUGUUAAACAAUAUGCCACUAAUGUUUCUUUGGAUGAUGAUGAAGAAGAUGAUGCAGAUGGUGUAGACGAAGAAGAUGAUGAACUUAGUGAUGUAGGUAGUUUAUCAAGUGAUGAUGAUGAUGAAGACGAUGUACCUGGUAACCUCGACUUGUAAUGACCCAACUCCAUAUGAAGAAUUUAAUAAAUGAAUACCAUAUUAUAAUGAAAUGAAUUGUUCACUCUGAUGAAUACAACACAACACAACACAACACAACAGCAACAAUAUUUUGAACACAAUUUAGAAAAUACAGGCUUAUUUCUUUAAUUAUGAAUGCUUACAAAAUAUCGAAUAUUAUUAUGAAUAGUCUAAUGCUGUUAACUACGACUCAACUGAUAAAAUUUUAAUAGAUCUAUAUAGCAUCAAUAAAAUACCUUUGGCAUCUAUUCAACAGGGUUCUUUGUAGAUCAAGAACUACUAAACAUAUAAAAAUUAUUCUAAUUCAAGUCAUAUAACCCAAACCUCUAUUCUUCUUAACAAAUUGAUUAUCGACAAGUAUUCCCUAGUUACACAAGUUAAGCCUUUGUCAUUAUAUGAUAAGUUGAUUAAAUAGAGGUAUUACUCUGGUUGUGUGCAGUCCCCUACAAAAUUGAAAAGUUAUAUAUUUCAAA